AUGGCAGGAGGUAGGUACUAUGUGUGCAAAACCUGUGGUCCUGCAAGCUGGAUUUAUGCCUCUAAAGUGCAGAAGUUUGCGAAGUGCAGUUGGUGUGGCAAGCCUUGGCCCGCUGAUGUACCGCAGGCACCUUGGAGAGAACCUAGCAGGCCGCGACCUCGAACUCGGCAGCCGAAGCCAGCUAAGCUAGCAAGCUGCCUUCAGAAGGUGUGGUCCACCUUGCCUGCAGAUGUGUGUUUGCAGUUUGAGCAGGCUGGCUUUAAAGUGCCGGCCCCGAAGCAGGAAGAUGUUGACCUACUCAGCCUUUUGCAGCGCAACCGUGAUGAUCUCCCCCAGGAAGUCCUGGAUGCUCUGCCAGCAGCACCGGUCCCUAACCCAGUGCAGGAAGGCAAGGCUGCAGGUGUUGAGUGGCGCAACUCCGUCGGUAAGUUGCGCGACCUUGGCCAGCGUAAGUUGAAGCUGCAAGAAGACAUUGACCUGGCCAAGGCCAAUCUGAGGGCCCUGCUGACAAAGAUGCAGGACUUGCAAGCUUCCAUCCAGGAAGCACAGACUGAGGUCAACAAAGCCACUCAGGAUUAUGAAGCUAAGGUUCUCACACAGUGCGCAGAAGAGGCCAGUCAUGGAGUAGAUUCUGUGUUGCAGGCCCUGGGUAUCGAGGAGGACACCCUCACUGAGGCCCAAAAGCGCAGUAUCGCUGCUCUGAAGAAGGACAAUGCUGAUGAGGCCAAGCGCCGCAAGACCGAGCAGCAGGAUCGUUUCCCGCCUGGAUUGCUCCCGAAGUCUACGGCACCCCCGGCCGCCGAACCCCAGCAAAACGCCGCAGACGCUAAGGACUUGAACAGCCAGUCCGGCAAGGCGCGCAGUCGCUCGCCCAAGCGCGGUGACAAGGGUGGGGGGUUGCGCGGGGGCCCCGGGUUUUGUCUUCCGGUUCUUUCUCUGAGUGAGGUUUUGCGUGAUCUGGAAGCCAGCAUUUGCAGUGCUGACGUGGGCCUGGCCGUAGCCUCACCACCGGGUUCGAGGCUCGGAUCUCCCUUGCAAGACCAGCCAGCCCAGCUCGAGGAUGGGUUUGUUUUCCCCAGGACUGUGUCCCGUCCCUUUUGGCCAUCCCCUAGCUGUGCCCUGACUGGCCCAAAGUUUUUCCAUCCCGCCAUGUUUCAUUCGCCGGAGGAGGGCGCCUCUUCGGAACCUAAGGUUGUGAAGAAACCAUUGGUCAGGGGACCGAUCAUGUCUUUCUUGGAAGAGCAUGGUUCCCGCUUUGACCAUGCUGCGCCAACCCCACAGGAUGCUGAACCUUUUCCUGGCCCACAAGGCUCACCGUCCCCUGCAGUGUGCAAGGUUGGGAAGAGCCUUGGUCGGUCAGGCUGGGGCUCUCUUCUCAACCUGAGUGCAUAUAAAGCCCUGCAUCCGGACUGGCACCAUGAGCCUGACCUAUUGCGCCUCGCCGAAGGGCUUGAGGAGCAGAGCCAGGAGGGCACCCUUGAAUACUGGACUCUUUUCAGGUCCCUGGAGGCCACCGAGGCCCGUGAUAAUAGCCUUGAAACCUGGGCUCGCAUCGCCAGAGCUUCGGAGGACCUGGUGCACUCCACUUCCAGAGGCCGGGCCCGUACCUUUACUUUCGUUUCGGCCAAUGUGACCUCCUGGAGACCAGAGCUCAGGCAGUGGUUGGUUUCACUGCAGUGUGACGUAGCCCUGAUUCAGGAGCACCACCUCUCUGAAAAGGCCUUUCAUGCUGAAUCGGUUGCCCUAGCUAAGGCAGGCUAUCAUUUGCAUGGCCAGCAUUCUCCCGCCCGUAAGCGCGAAAUUGGAGGUGUGAUGGUCUGUGUCAAGGCUCAUUUGCAAGCCAGGCACGUUCAUACCUUUCAAGAUCCUGAAACGGGCUGUGGCUUUGUUGCGAUUGCUGUCCGGGUGACCGGCUUCGACUUAGCCCUCAUCUCUUUGUAUCUCGAGUCAGGUAGUUCCUUCGAAGGCCGGACCAACACAGUGGUCCUUUCCCAUCUGUAUGGCGUGCUGGCCUCGCUCAAAUGCCCCUGGUGUGUGGUGGGGGACUGGAACAUAGAUUCCUGUGAGGUCCUCGCCACCAGGCUUGAGGACCUCACCAGGGGCCGGCUCCUUGGAACAGGAAUGCCUACGGCUGGCACCGCAGCAGAGCUAGAUUAUGCACUGGUCCACCCGCGACUAGCCUCACAUGUCUCGCUUGAGCUUGUUUGGGAUGUCCCUUUCAAACCGCACGCCGCUCUGAUGUGUACCCUUCCCCUCAAGCCGCUGCAGGACCUGCAACCAAACCUGAGGACCCUGGCUGACUCCUUUGACCCCAUCACAGAUGACCAGCGCCUUUUGACACCGACGGUUGUCUCCCCGCAGCAGGUCGUUUUGCUUGAGAUUGAAGCAAGUGACCCCGUGUCUCUUGCGUUUGCGGAGUUCUCUGCCACAGCUGAGGCGUCUGGUCUGUUGGGAAAGAAUACAGGCAGGGGGGUUCACCUGCCCACGGUCCGCCAGCCGGCAGUGUCACAGCCAGCCCAGGAUUACCAGUGGUUUGGGCAAGAACACGCGGUCUGGACUCAGCUUGCGACUAGGUUCAAGGCCGGGGGUCCUAGCCAGGUAGUCUUGCUGCUGCUUUCCAAUCUUGCUCCCGAGCAUAAGCAGUGGGUAACGGAAGUUGAGGCUGCCGUUUCUAACCAACGUGAUCUCACGAUCUUUGUCUCGCGAGCUGAGACGCAAGCCAAAGCUGCCAUGCAAGCCCAGCAAAAGGAACAGGCCAAUUCUUAUCAAGCUUGGCUGUCGGGGGCUCUGUCGGCAGGUAUGGGGCCAGUGUACCGAGCUCUUAAAAGCCAUGAACAAACUCUUGCUCGGCCCUUUAGAGAUCAGUCAGCUCUGGCCCGAGCCUAUUGUCGCAUGGAAUUCUGGAGCCACAUUUGGGAUGCGACAAUUGUUCCCCCUCAAGUCCAAUUUUCUGCAGAGCGCCUCGCCUUGAGGGCUGAGGCCUCGCAGCAGGCACAGGACCUUCCAUCAUUGGCUUGGGAACAGGUCAAGAAAGUGUGCUUGGCCACAGGUAAUAAGAAAGGCGGCCUCGACGGUUGGUCGUACCGGGCUUUGCGAAAUCUCCCUGACUUCUGCUAUAAGCAGCUUGCCGAGCUUUUCUCCCGGGUUGAGGCGGACCUCACCUUGCCGCUUCAAAUGCUAACGGUCCAAGUAGCCCUCCUGGCAAAAACCCCUGAGAAAGAGCGCCCCAUUUCGCUCACUUCGGUACUUUGGAGAGUUUACAGCAAACUGAGGCGCCCACUUCUGGAGAGCUGGCUGAAGUCGUAUGCUGCUUGUGCUCCUUUCGACUCUGCUACACCAGGGCACACCUCACUUGACCCAGCAUUAUCCCGUUUGAUAAAAGCUGAAGACCACAAAUUUCGCAAAAUCACCUUCAUCACCUUAUUUGUUGAUCUUGAAGGCUUUUAUGAUGGUAUUGAUUUUUCCCGCCUGAUCGCCCAGGGAAAAGCUUUGGCAUUUCCACCUAUGCUUUUGGAAUUAUGUCUUCAGUUAUAUCAUGGGCCACGUUGUCUCCACGGAGAAGGCGUCAGCACGGUAGCUCUGUGGCCCAAAAAGGGCAUUUUGCAGGGGUGCCCGUACGCGCCCACGGUUGCCAAACUCACCACUCAUGCCCCGUUGCAGGGCAUUUCUCAGCAGCCGGGUGUUAGUCACGCUGAUCUGUGGCUAGACGACAUCAGUGUUGAUGUGUCACAUGCUGAUCCGGAGGUCGCAGCCUCCCUUGCUCUCUCAGCUUCCAGGAAGCUGGAACAGCUUUUGUCAGUUGAAAAGCUUCGCAUCAACAAAGUCAAGACAAAGUUUGUAUGCAACAACGCUCAGGCGACGAAAGCCUUGAACAGCCUGCGCGGUGAUGCCGAUCCCCAGGUUGCGGACUUGGUCCGCGAUCUGGGAGUUGAUUCAGCAGGCGCCAAACGCCGACGACUAACACAAGCCUUGAAACGUUUUAAGGUUGGCCGCGCACGCAACCAAAAACUUCACCGACUCCGUACUGGGGGUAAAGCGCACAGGCUGUACGCCACCUCCAUCCUCAAGGCCGAGACCUAUGGAUGUCAGGGACAGGGGAUUUCCCCCAAGCGGCUUAAGGUUAUCCGUUCUUCCAUCUCUAGGCACGUCGGACGGUCCAAAUGGGGUUCGGUAGAUGUGUCACUCGACUGUAUGUCUUUCCAGUGCCAGGACCCCCUGCUUACAGUUGUUCUAGCGCAGGCUGACGCCCUGUUUCGUAUGUUUGGCCCCUCCACGGCGCAGGGCUGGGUGAUCCUAGGACGCACAUGGAAGGUGGCUUGGGCGCGACAGGAAGCGGCCGUGCAUGGCUGGAAGUGUGUUGCCGGGCCGGUCGCCGCCAUGGUUCAAUACUGCAUUGACUUGCGCAUUAAUGUCAGUGAUCCUCUGCGCUGGGUUCAUAGCAGCGGGGUUCUUCUGCUUGAUGUCGCUAAUCCUGCCCUUUUCUUGUCAGUUCGUCGCUUCCUCACUCAGGUCGUCGCACUUGAAAGAACGCUCCGGUUUGGUGCGGUACCCACGGCUCACGGGGCCCAGCAGGGCGUCGACUGGUCAGUCCACCGGAAACUUUUGAAGGCUUCAAAGCCCUCGUCCCCACGAUGGGCUUUUCAUGCAGUUUGGCAAGGACGCACCCUGCACUCGGGUAAUGGCGGCCUAACACACUGCUCCUGUGGCGCUGAAAAUUCUCUCCAUCAUGUUUACUACGAGUGCCCUCUUGCGCCUGCUAAACUUAGCCCGAACCUCCGGGGCUUCCAGCGCCGCCAUGAGGAGCCGUGUUUUUGGCUAAGGGGUAUGGUUCCCCGAGCUUGGACCACGCCGCAGCUGUCUAGCGCAGCGCUCGAAACUCGAGUCACGGGGCUCUUCUGCCAUCCACCGGUAAAUGCCGAGGGGUUGUUUGUGUCCACCGAUGCCAGCGGAGGACCCAAUACAAGGGACAGUCGCUUGAGAUGCGUGGGCUGGGCAGUUAUCUUAUGUGAAAAGUGUGAGGAUGGCCUGAAAGAAAUCGGUACAAUCUCAGGCUUGCUCCCCCCGGGCAGCACUGUGCCUCAAGGUGAGGCCUACGCGAUCAUUCAAGCACUCAAAGCAACCACAGGCAGCUUCGACCUCACGAGUGACUGUCAACCUGCGAUCCGGGCGCUGCAGGCCCGCAAGCUCACCGUCCAGCAUGAUCCGGACUGGGGGCUUGUUUGGCAGGAUCGCUCUCGAGCCCAGCCGACCUGGGUACGGAGCCACUGCACUCCCGAAGCCUUCGAGAAGGAGUUCCCUUCUCAGCAGUGGCGACGAGUACUCAACGAAAAGGCUGACUCCCUGGCGGGUCGUAGGGCUGCAGAGGCCGUUUCGCCUCACUUUGUGCGCAAGGUGAAGGAGUUGGACCGGGUUGCGCGCGAGCUAAACCAGUUUCUCGCCUCUAGGGCUGAGAAACUGAUUAAGGACAAGACGCAAGGUUUUGUUCCCAGAGCCGCCAGAGACUCCCAGAGCCAGUUUGAGAAAUCUAAGGCAAGGGCGACAACUGUUUCGACCCAGAACAGUUCUUUACCUAACAAAAAACAGCGCCUGAAGCAGUUGCUGGACUCCCCUGAUCCAGCACUUGGUCAUGAUUGGAAAGCCCGCGAGACUAAGGCCGCCAACAACUUCUCGGUUGGUGGAGUCUCCACCCGAUCCAUUGCCAGUGCUUUUCAAUCUGCCAGCACCUUCGGUGCCGGCCCUAUGCCAGAGCGUGUUUCUGCAGUUCCUAAGCUUGGCCUUUUGAGCGCUGCCCAGGUCAACCCUCCAGCUGGGCCCGUCGCCUCCUCUGCAGCGGCUGCCCCAAGGUUGCCGGAGUGCCAAGGCGAGGUCACUCAGUCCACAGGAGUGCAAGGAGCAGUUGGUCAGUCCGUUUCUGUAGGUUUGCGAUCUCAGUUAGGCAUGCCAGCAGCUGUUCCGCCAGCCCAAGGCCUGCUAAGCAUGGCGCCCAAGCAAGAAGGGCGGCACAUAUCCACGCAACUCCGCCGUGAGGAGCGGGGACUAUCAUGGAAAUCAGCGGCGACGAUUGACCGACAGCGGGGACGUAAGAAAGCCCGCAAACAGAAGAAGCGCCGCGAACAAUAUGAGCACGCUGGCAGGAGAACUGAGGAGGCUUGGCCGCCCCCACCACCUCCACCAGGACCUCGUGCGGAGGCGAGACAUCGUGAAGCUGAAGAGCUGCCGUACGACUUGGAGGAGCCCUCGCCUUCAGGGCUGAGGGCUCCCUCCACUGCGGCUGCUUCCAGCAGCCAGGGCCCAGCACGGGAGGAGCCCUCGCCUUUAGGGCUGAGGGCUCCACCCCCUACUGCUGCUGCAUCCAGCAGCCAAGGCUUACCUUUGCAACGACUUCCAGAAGCUGAAGAGCCACCGGUGGACCAGGACGACUCCAGCAACUGUCUUCAAUCUGACAGCAGUGAGACACCACAGCCUGCAGUCGCGCUGAAAGAUCGCCCAAGUGACUUUGGCCCUCUUCUUCAUGAGGAUGGCCUAAUCACUUUCUUAUGUGCAGCUGCGCCCCAGGUGAAGCAUCCGGUGAACCACUACCAGUGCCUUCCGGAAAGCCUUGAAGUUUACCAUGACUUUGUCACUGGUGGGCGAACAAAAGCUGCUCGAGCGAGACGGCUGGGGUUCGGAAAGUCCCGGACAGUUUACGUUGACCCUGGCUCCUCGGAACACGUUCUGAAGUUGGCGCCUCCACAAGGUCACGGGCCAGAACCGGAAGCUUGGAGACUGCUCCCUCAUAUAGUGCCGUGCACUUUGGAUGCGGGUAUUCACCUGCUCACGCUUUCUUGGAAGAGCUGCUAUGAUAUCAUCUCCACGCAUGUUUUGAGGCAGUCUAGGCUCACUCCACUUUCGGUGUGGAGGCCAGCUCCGCCGGACCUUGAUAUGGUCCGCUACAUGAUGGCACUGACUGCGGAGGCCUCCCGUUUCUACAAUCUCAAGGAUCUUGGCUUUUUCAACUUUGGUGUUGAUGCCCGUGGCUUCAUUAUGAUGUGGGACACCGCAGACUGGCUUCCAUGGGAGGGUCAAAGGGCACACUGGCCGAACAGACAGCGUGCCUCGGCUUUCUGGAGCGCGGUCAAGAGGAGUGUUCCAGACCACUUUCAGGAGCUACUCCAGCUUGUCAGCAACGCCUCGCCUGAGGAGGUGCUGCAACGGCUACGACCACUCCUUACGCAGCACUACAAGUGGCCGCCUGAACUUUUGCUUUUCACUGCCUCCUGGGCCCUCGCCUUAGGGCUGAGGGCCCGAGGCUGUGGAAGGGUGCAGCUCAGCCUGGGCACUGACCUGGACCAAAGGCUUGCGGUGCCCAGGAGCCCCGUUUUCUGCAGGAUCCUCGGUGGCAAAGUCGGCGCGGUGCUUGCGGGUCUUUGGAAAGACCUACCAGAGGCUGCCCAGAAAGCCUUUCAGGAGGUAGGGUACAGCCCACCUCGGCCGAAAGGGCCGCCGCCACCACCACCAGGACUGGACCUACAGUCCCUCCUUAAGGGUAGGAUGACCGAGAAGGAGUACAACGCUGCCAGGGCCGUGGUCUACGCGGGGGCAGGACUCCACGUCCAGACCCUGUUGGAGGCCGCAAGAAUCCCCCCUCCACCGGAUGAGGACCUCGACCAGCCAGAACCCACGCCCCAAGAGAAGCUGACCAGGUGUGUCAGCGACUUCAAGAAGGCCACCAACCAGAUGAAGAAUCUGGUGGAGAAGAAGGCCAAGCUCCAGGCACGAGCGGACAAGCUCAAGCAGGAGCUGGAAAAGCUCAUUGGGGACGUGGACCAGGUCGACAAGGACAUCAAGGCCAAGGACGUCGAGAUCCAGGAGACGGCCAAGGCUUUCAAAGAGAUGACGGCGGACUCCACCAGCACCGCCUUCAGCGCCCUGGAGGCGGUCCUUUCGGAGGCCGGCCACGAGCUCAAUGAAGCCACCCGCGCCAAGAUGAAGGCUGCCUUGGUCGGGAAGGAGGACCUCCCCCCGGACCCCUUCAUCGUGAGUUUCAGAGGGCAUGAUGAGUACUUCCCUCGGGAGAUGCCCCCCAUGUACGGGCCUGCCCGCACCGAUCCGCAUGGGAAGCGCCCCACACCUCUGGAAGGGCAGAUUUUGCAAGGGCAGCCGCCCAAUCAGGGUGUCCUCACGCCAACGUGUUCGGACAACCAGAGAGCCCCCUGCCCCAAGUGGUGCCUUGGAGGUGCUGCCAAGGGGCAAAGGGGAACCUACGGGACUUCCUCUGGGAGUCCACCCGAAAACAUCGUGCGGCCCACCGGGCUAGGAGGCAGCAACAGGCCAAUUCUCUUUUCUGGCACUCCUGGCCUCCUGGUCCUGAGCCGUCCAGCGCCAGACCGAAGGAACAGGGCUUCACAGCGCCUCCUUCCCCCCCUGGUGACGCAGGGCGGCGGCCCCGGUCGGUCUCCUCCGAGACUCAGGAAGCGAAGGCCUAGCACCCGGGGGAAAGCGGGCAAGCCCCCCCCUGACCUCGAGCCCAAGGCAAAUCCAGUUCAGGCCCUUGCUGCAGGGCUCGCAGAUGAGCUUCGGACGCACAAUGACUGGAGCAAGUCCGAACCCCAGGCUCUAGCCCUCGCUGAGGCCCUGGAAGGAGCCGAUGAGGCCAGCUUGGGUUACCGGGUCUCUUAUGAGAUUCUCGAGGCCAUGCAAGGCCACUCGUGGCUGGACCCCAUCACCGCCGCGGCUUUCCUGGACGACCUCGCGGCUCAGGGGCACCAGGGAUGUCAGGAGUCUGUUGUGUUUGUCAGUGCCAACAUCACAACGUGGACUCCGGAUAUUCUCAAAUGGCACCAGCCGCAAAAAGGGCCCCUUCUCAUCCAGGAGCUGCACUUGGGAGAUGAAGGUGGCAAAGUCGGCGCGGUACUCGCGGGUCUUUGGAAAGACCUACCAGAGGCUGCCCAGAAAGCCUUUCAGGAGGUCGGGUACAGCCCACCUCGGCCGAAAGGGCCACCGCCACCCCCGCCAGGACUGGACCUCCAGUCCCUCCUUAAGGGUAGGAUGACCGAGAAGGAGUACAACGCUGCCAGGGCCGUGGUCUACGCGGGGGCAGGGCUCCACGUCCAGACCCUUUUGGAGGCCGCGGGGAUCCCCCCUCCACCAGAUGAGGACCUCGACCGGCCAGAACCCACGCCCCAAGAAAAGCUGACCAGGUGUGUCAGCGACUUCAAGAAGGCCACCAACCAGAUGAAGAAUCUGGUGGAGAAGAAGGCCAAGCUCCAGGCACGAGCGGACAAGCUCAAGCAGGAGCUGGAAAAGCUCAUUGGGGACGUGGACCAGGUCGACAAGGACAUCAAGGCCAAGGAUGUCGAGAUCCAGGAGACGGCCAAGGCUUUCAAGGAGAUGACGGCGGACUCCACCAGCACCGCCUUCAGCGCCCUGGAGGCGGUCCUUUCGGAGGCCGGCCACGAGCUCAAUGAAGCCACCCGCGCCAAGAUGAAGGCUGCCCUGGUCGGGAAGGAGGACCUCCCUCCGGACCCCUUCAUUGUGAGUUUCAGAGGGCAUGAUGAGUACUUCCCUCGGGAGAUGCCCCCCAUGUACGGGCCUGCCCGCACCGAUCCGCAUGGGAAGCGCCCCACUCCUUUGGAAGGGCAGAUUUUGCAAGGGCAGCCGCCCCAUCAGGGAGUCCUCACGCCAACGUGUUCGGACAACCAGAGAGGCCUCCGCCCCAACCUUGGAGGUGCUGCCAAGGGGCAAUGUGGCCUCCACGGGCAAAUCCAGUUCAGGCCCUUGCUGCAGGGCUUGCGGAUGAGCUUCGGACGAACAACGACUGGAGUAAGUCCGAAGGCCCUGGAAGGAGCUGACGAGGCCAGCUUGGGCUACCGGGUCUCCUACGAGAUUCUCGAGGCCAUGCAAGGCCAAUCGUGGCUGGACCCCAUCACCGCCGCGGCUUUCCUGAACGACCUCGCGGCCCAAGGGCACCAGCGAUGCCAAGAGCCCGUUGUGUUUGUUAGUGCCAACAUCACAACGUGGACUUCGGAUAUUCUCAAAUGGCACCAGCCGCAAAAAGGGCCCCUUCUCAUCCAGGAGCUGCACCUGGGAGAUGAAGGUGGCAAAGUCGGCGCGGUACUCGCGGGUCUUUGGAAAGACCUACCAGAGGCUGCCCAGAAAGCCUUUCAGGAGGUCGGGUACAGCCCACCUCGGCCGAAAGGGCCACCGCCACCCCCGCCAGGACUGGACCUCCAGUCCCUCCUUAAGGGUAGGAUGACCGAGAAGGAGUACAACGCUGCCAGGGCCGUGGUCUACGCGGGGGCAGGGCUCCACGUCCAGACCCUUUUGGAGGCCGCGGGGAUCCCCCCUCCACCAGAUGAGGACCUCGACCGGCCAGAACCCACGCCCCAAGAAAAGCUGACCAGGUGUGUCAGCGACUUCAAGAAGGCCACCAACCAGAUGAAGAAUCUGGUGGAGAAGAAGGCCAAGCUCCAGGCACGAGCGGACAAGCUCAAGCAGGAGCUGGAAAAGCUCAUUGGGGACGUGGACCAGGUCGACAAGGACAUCAAGGCCAAGGAUGUCGAGAUCCAGGAGACGGCCAAGGCUUUCAAGGAGAUGACGGCGGACUCCACCAGCACCGCCUUCAGCGCCCUGGAGGCGGUCCUUUCGGAGGCCGGCCACGAGCUCAAUGAAGCCACCCGCGCCAAGAUGAAGGCUGCCCUGGUCGGGAAGGAGGACCUCCCUCCGGACCCCUUCAUUGUGAGUUUCAGAGGGCAUGAUGAGUACUUCCCUCGGGAGAUGCCCCCCAUGUACGGGCCUGCCCGCACCGAUCCGCAUGGGAAGCGCCCCACUCCUUUGGAAGAGGGAGCUGCAGGCAGCGACAACCCCGAAUAG